AUGGGCCGCGCGGGCGAGCUACCGGCGCUACCGGCGCUACCGGCGCUACCGGCGCUGCUGGCGCUACUGGCGCGGCUGGUCGCCGCCAACGUGCCGCUGUUCGACGUGGCCACCUCGGUGCGGGUGCUCAUGGUGCCGGCGGACGCGCGCGUCGGGGCGCCCCUGUACCGCCUGCGGGGCACCGACGCCGACUUCGACUUCCCGCUCACCUUCCUCGUCGCCGGUGACGCGGGCAGCCCCGUGGUCGCGGUGGAGAGCUACCCCUGCACCAGGAACCACUCCUUCUGCGAGGGCAGCGUAGUGCUGCUGCGCCCGCUGGAGCCGGGGCGCGUGUACGACGUGCAGUUCAAGGUGGUGGACACGGCGGGCGACUCCACCAGCCUCGACUGCACCAUCAGAACCUCCAACAGCACCACGCCCACCGACACCAUCUUCCCGCACCUGCCGCAGCUCGUCACCGUGCCCGAGGAUGCUCCUCUGGGCACGGAACUUGAUUACAUCAUAGUUCGUCGGAAUUCCCUCAAUGCAAGGCACCCCAGCCUAGAGAUACAGGACGCCCCGGAGUUCGCGAUCCGCCAGGCCCUGGCGUCGAACGACACGGUGAACGGCACCAUAGUCCUGGCCGCGCCGCUGGACUUCGAGAGGAAGUCCAUGUACAUCCUGCAGAUCUUCGCGAUAGACCCGUACGCGGAGACGGGCAGUGACACGAGGAACGUGGCGUCCUUCAAGGUCGCUGUGGCAGUGCAGGACAUCCAGGACAUGCCCCCUGUCUUCACGUCGGCGCCCGCCGUCACCCUGCUCAACCACUCCGUGCACGAGGGGGAUGUGGUGCUGACAGUGCAUGCAGAAGAUGGUGACAAGGGUUCACCACGCGAGGUGCGCUACGCCCUGUUGGCAGAGGGCAACCCCUUCACAAACUUCUUCCACAUCGACGAAAGAACAGGCGCGGUGCGACUGGCGCGCCCCUUGCGGCAGCUGGCGGCGGCGACGCACGUGCACCAGCCCGUGCUGCUGGGGGUGCUGGCGGAGGAGGUGAAGACCGGACUGCAACAACCACCGGCCAUGUCCACUGCCGUGCGAGUAGCCCUGCUGCUGGGAGACAUGGGCAACUCGCCCCCAUACUUCUCCAACGACAACUAUGUGGCCCGCAUCGAGGAGAACAGCCCCCAAGGCACUGCCUUGACAUUCGAGGACCCCUACGUCACGGAGAUCCGUGACGACGACAUGGGCAAAGGAGGCGUGUUCAGCAUCGCCCUGGAGGGGAACAACGGCACCUUCGAAGUGUCGCCCACUGUGGGUGAGAAGCGGGCCUCGUUCGUGGUGCGCGUGCGCAGUAGCCGCCUGCUGGACUUCGAAGCGCGAGCCACUCUGCACUUCACGAUAGUGGCCCAUGAACUGGGGCCCGGGUCAGGGCUGAGCGCCUCAGCGCAGGUCACCGUCUACCUGGAGGAUGUGAACGACAACGCUCCGGUGUUCGAGCGAGCUGCCUACGAUGCCACGCUGCCCGAGAACAUGACUGCUGGCACCACUGUGGCCCAGGUCCAAGCAGAGGAUGCGGACACCGGUCUCUUCGGCGAGGUGCAGUACACGCGGAUUCUGGGACACCUCAACACCUCCCUGGCACUGGACUCCAUCACCGGCCUCGUCACCGUCUCCAGGAACAACCACAAGUUCGACAGGGAGACGGCGCCAGAGUUCCGGUUCCACGUCGAGGCGCGGGACUCGGAGGGCACCGGCAACCGGGCGCUGGUGCCGCUGGCCAUCAAGCUGCUGGACGUGAACGACGAGACGCCGCGCUUCGACCGCGAGCUGUACGAGUUCUUCCUCACCACCAGCCAGAGGAACUUCACUGCGCCGGCCUUCAUCGCCGCCAAUGACAUGGAUGCCGAGGCCCCGAACAACGUGGUGCGUUACGAAAUCAUCAGUGGCAACUACGCCAACAAGUUCAGGUUGGACGAGGUCACAGGGGAGCUGACGGUGCGCUCUCCGCCAAUCAGCGGCCGCCGCCUGGGGCGCCUCAAGAGGGAUCUGGACGACGAGGAAGACUCGCAGUCGGCCAUCGUGAUGACUGCCAGGGCCUACGACCUGGGGGUGCCGCACCGGUGGUCCACGACGACGGUCCACGUGCUGCCGCCGUCGGCCAACGCGCACACGGUGCAGUUCAUCGUGAACGGGUCGCGGCCAGACCUGCAGCAGACGCUGGCCAUCCUGAGGGCCGUGACGGGCGGCGACGUGCGCAUCACGCGUGUGCGGCCCUACGACCCGCGCCGCCUCGAGCUGUCCGAGAUGUUCGAGCGCCAGCGGCUGCCCGAGAGGAGCAUCGUGGAGGCGACCGUGCUGUACGACGGCCAGGCGACGGUGGACAUCAGCGAGCUGCAGAGGCUGCUGCAGACCAACCACACCGCGGCCAGCGUGGUGCAGCCGGUUCCAAAGCCUCCGGAGGACAAGGCACUGUUCUGGGUGCUCAUGAUCUUGUCCGUGCUGAUCGUGAUCGCCGUGUUCCUGCUGCUGCUGUGCUGCGUGUGUCCUUGCUGCCCGCUGUACGCCGUCCCCAAGAAGAACUCCAGGGUUAGCACUGCUGAGGACUUGCGUGUCCUCGUGAACGGUCAAGGACGUGGCAUGGAAACCAAAGGAGUCCAAGAUGGCAUGGACUCCUUUCCUGCGCUGGGCUUCCUACCGAAGGGCCCAUCUCCUCUGGCGUGCGCCCUCGUGUGCGAGGUUGCGACGCUGGGCCCGUUCCUCCAAAUCUUCCGCUGUACGCAGCUCCGCAUGGUGAGGCCGGAGUGCCCCUGGUGGUACGAGGCUCGGGGUGAUGAACACAUGGCUGGCGCCUGUGUCCACCAGCGCUGCGGCCGGCCGGCCAUUCACCUCCACCGGUAUGCGCAGCAGGUGGUCUUGCAGUUGGAACAGCUGGCCCAGGGUGGUGCCGAUGAUGUUAAUGGUGCUGGGUCUGUGGUAGGUGGUGCCGGCAUGGUCGGUGGUGCGGAUGGUGGUCUUGUGGGGGGCGGGCUCCUUAGUUCCGCGCCCCCGGUGGCCCGUUUCCCGAUGAGGUUGUCGUCGGGUGCUGGCGUUGUGAUGGAGGGAGGGGGCACUCACGAUGCCAGUGCGGAGUGGAUGUCGGCGCGGCGGGAGGCGUGGAGCGGCGACCACAAGGCGGAGCACUGGCGCUUCAACCGCCGCAACCACCCUCACCGGGAGGUUGGUCCGGGGGCGGCGGUGGCGCUGGACGACCGCCGCGGGGACCCGGACCAGCACCUGACCGCCGCCGCCGCCGCCGCCAGGGGCCCCGCCGUCGUGUACAGCCGCGAGCUGCAGCAGCUGCAGCGCAGCUACGACCGGCGGCGCGACGUGUUCCUGGAGGACGUGGACGACGCGGGCGAGUACCACGUGCUGGACAUGCGGAGGACGCGCGAGCGCGACGCCGACAGCGACUCCCUGAGGCAGCACGAGGCGGAGCGGGGGUCUGACCUGGGCCGGCCGCUGCAAGGGAACGCCAGCCCCGGGUCCCGGCGCGAGCAGCUCUACCUCCGCGAGGGCGACGCCGAGAUCCUGCGGCUGGUGACGAGGGGCAGGUCCGCCGACGAGGCCCCGGUCCGCCCCCGGCAGGAGCAGCGGCCGGCGACCAACGUGGCCCCGGUGGCGCGGCACGACUGCGGCAAGGAGAUCCUCAUGCAGCGCUUCAUGGAGGACCAGCGCAACGGCGCCUCGGACAACAAUAUACAGACGCAGCAGGAGGCCGGCGAGGGUGCGGACAGCGCUCGGCGGCAGGAGCUGCUGGUCAGAAGGCUGCUGGAGGAGGAGGAAGCGCGGCUGCUGAACGAGGCCCUGCUGCGCCACCGCGGCGCGAUGCUGCUGCUCCCCCGCGGAGACCACGAGACCCAGAGCCUGCCCGGCCAGGCCUCCAUGGCCACGCAGACGGACGUCGACAGCAGCACGCAGACGGACCCGCUGUGCCUCAUGAGGCCGCCGCGACGCCGCGCCAAGAGCGACAACGACGAGUCGUGCACGGACGAGGACGACCGGCCCGUGGUCGCCGUCGACGGGGCCGACGGGGGCUGGCCCAAGCGGCGCAAGGCGAAGGGGCGUCGCCCACUGCGGUAUCGCGGGGAAGUUAGAGUCAAACGAGGAAUGUCCACCAAGAGGCACAAAAUAAAGACUCCGAUAAUAGAAGAAACCGAGAGUGCACUAGAAGCCUUUAAUGACUCCCUAGAAAACGAUAAUGAAGUUAAAGUUGACAAUGAAACUAUUAAUACAGUUCAGACUACUACAAAAAUGACCAGCAAAGCAACAGGCAGCCCAGUAAAAAGUAGGUCUAAUUCAAUACCUGCCUCGGAGGUGGCCAAGGUCGAGAAAUCGAGGACACGACAGUCAAACUCAGAACCAGGACACGGGGGUAAAGGUGCCAAACAAGCUGCGGGAAUGGCAAAGUCCUUCCUACAGGUCAAGGAGCAGAAACCAGCAGUCCUCCCCACAAAAAAAGGAUCUAGGUACAUGGAGUGGUACAAGUCUAAAAGAGAAGAACGAGAGAAAAAGAAGCGAGAGGAGAAUGAGAACAAGAAGAAUGAAGAUGAAAAGAAAAAGAGCUCAUUGCCAAGAAGCAAAAGAAAUGUAUUGGGCACACCUGUAAAAACCCUAGUAAAGGAAGACAUCCCCAUUGCGAACACGGAAACUAAGGAAGGCAAAACAGAAAGAGAAAGCGAAGUGAAGUUGAAGGAGACUGAAAGCGAAGUGAAGGUAAAGAACGAGAGCGAAGAAGUGGAGGAGGAGAAGCUAGGAGAGUUGCAGACUUUGAAAGUGUCAGGCGUGUUCGAGGACGACAUGGACUCUGGCAUAGCCAUGUCGUCUCUGACGGCAGGCGGGACACUCAGGCGGAAGAAGCACCAGCAGCUGAUGGAGAAGAAGAGCAUCUUCACCAUAGCAUAUGACGACAUGCACACACAGCAGAUCAGAGCCGACAGCACGUCUCCGCCAUACUGA